AUGGCAGGUUCCUUCCUGAAAGAGCAUCUCAGCCCAGGCUGGGGCAGGUUUAUUGGGCUUGGCUGGCUCUGUGUUCUCUCUGGUAGUCGGUUCUCCGAUCCAGACUGCUCACCAUCGCGAUCCUCUCGUUUACUUCACCCGGGCAACACCGGUCCAGGAACGGCCGGAGAGAAGCAGAGACCGGGCAAGGAAACGCCUGGAGCCAGGCAGGCAGACAGACAGGAGCAAGAGGAGCCCGGACUCCGAGAGAGAAACAACGGAACAUUGGCUGGUUUCAUCCAGAGGAGGAGAGGAGGGGGCCAGCUGACCCUCAGGCUGGUGAAACCAGGCGCCAGUCCAAUGCAGGAACACCUGCUGGUCGAGGAGAACUCCACCUGCUGGCAGAUCAUCCAGGGGGACAGGCAGGAGGUGGAAAGGGCCCUCCUCAACUCUAUUACUGUCUCCCUCAAGCACCAAGCCAUCACUGAGGGAGAUUAUCUGAACAUGACCCGAAAUUGCAGAUCGUUUGUGAGGGCCCGUAAGUAUAUCACUGUCCCCCUGAGCCCUGAGGAGGAACACUUCCCCUUGGCUUACUCCAUGGUCAUCCACCAGAGCAUUGAGAUGUUCGAGAGGCUUCUACGGAGCAUUUACGCCCCACAGAAUGUCUACUGUAUCCACGUGGACCGCAAAUCCCCGGGUCAAUUUCAUGCGGCCGUUCGGGCCAUCGCUUCGUGUUUCCACAAUGUCUUUGUCGCAGCCAAGCUGGAGUGGGUCACCUAUGCUGGCUGGAGCAGAGUUCAGGCGGAUCUCAACUGCAUGAAGGAGCUGCUGGAGAGCCCUGUCCCCUGGAGGUACUUCAUCAAUGUGUGUGGCCAAGACUUCCCCCUGAAGACCAACCGGGAGAUAGUCCGCAGCCUCAGAGCUCUGAACGGCUCCAACGUGAUUGAGUCGGAUCCUGCGCCAGGGUUCAAAAAGAAACGUUGGCAAUACCAUCACGAUACCCUCGAACAAGUCGUCUUGACGGCGCAACUGAAAGAUCAGCCGAACAUCAGCACCUCCAUCUUCGUGGGCAGCGCCUACUUCAUGGCCACCAGAGAGUUUGUCAGCAAUGUGUUUGACAGUGCCGAGAUCCAGGCCUUCCUCAACUGGUCAGAGGACACCUACAGCCCGGACGAACAUGUGUGGGCUACCCUGCAUAGAAUGCCCAAUGUACCCGGCUCCAUCCCGUACACCCAAGGAGCCACCAGGACACUUGGCCGGGCAGUAAAGUGGUCCUUUGAGGCUGGUGACAUUGCGAGGGGUGCCCUAUACCCUCCCUGCACGGGAAGGUAUCGCCACUUGGUUUGUGUGUAUGGGGCAGGAGAUCUACAGUGGGUGGUCCGUCAGAGAUGUUACUUUGCAAAUAAGUUUGACCCCAACAUGGACAACACGGCAAUACAGUGCAUGGAGGAAUAUCUCCGAAACAGGACACUUGGUAAAACUGGGGCUGGGUUGGAGCUGUGGGGUCGACCGAAGAUAUGGGCAACUUCACUGAGUAAGGAAGGAAUUAGCAGACGGAAUUCCAUCCUUCUACACCCAAAGGUGAUUUGUCCCUGUGGGACAGCAGUGUCGGUCAAACUGCGGGAUAUGAAGAUGGGAACUGUGAAGUGUUCCCAGUCUGAGCCACAACAUGAGGAGCACAAGGAUUGA